CAGGGUCGGGGAGUUGCAGACCUGGACAUGGAAAUGGGAGGUGACAAUACUUAGUGGGAACCAUAAAGAGAAUUCAGUUGUGUGUGAUUUUGAAUUUUGUGUAUUUUCUGUUUGAAGGUUUUCAUUCUGUACUAGUCCUUCCCCUGGGAUGGAACACGGCAUAAAACCUGAGUCAUCGUUAGCAUUUAAAUGUAAUUGAAGCCUGCACAGCUUGGAAAAAAAUUCUCAAGGUAUGGACGAGAAGGGUGACCCGAGUGGUGAGGACGCACCCAAGGCCAUCAAGCCCACCAGUAAAGAGUUCAGGAAGACGCGGGGGUUGCGGAGGACCACCAUCGCCAAGCGCGGGGGCGCCGGGGACGUGGAGGUGGAUGCCCUGGAGCCGCAGCCCCGGCAGCAGCAGAGCCCGUCGCUGCGUCGCAGCGGAAGGCAGCCGAAGCGGACUGAGCGGGUGGAGGAGUCCCUGACCACGGUACGGCGCCGGGGCCGGAGGGGCACCCCCCUGUCCCUAGAGGACUCGGCGGAGCCGGCGUCCUGUCCAGUGACAGAUGCGGAGAGCGCCUCCGAGGGGAGCGUGGAAACCACCUCGGACGGGAAGAGCGGUCCCAGGUCUGGCUCCACGGGUGCUAGGGAACGAACGGCCUCCUCGGCAAAGGCCAGAGGGCGUGGUGACGAGGAUGACACCUCCGAUAGCGACAGUGACGGGUCAGCGGUAGAGGUGAGUGUGGAGCCGUCAUCUGCCGUUGGCAGAAGCCUCAAGACGGAAGCGUUUGUCUUCUUAGAUAAGUGAGCUUUUCCCAGGAGUGGCAUUG